UCGUGAGAGUAACGCUUAUAUGAGAAUAAUCAGGAAAGAAACCUUGUAUAGUAGUACUAUUUUAGAUGGUCUUUAUUUUUGUUUCUUUAUUCGCUCUUUCGUCAAUUGAUAAGCCAAUUUAAUAAGUGGUCUUCGUUGAAUUUGAGCCGGUGAUUCUUUUUGAGAGAAUAAAAAAAAGUAAGAGUCAGGCCGAGAAGGACAUCGAUCAAAAAAUUGAGAAGAAAAAAACAGAGAGAAAACAGAGGAAGAGGUUGAGAUGGAGGAACUUGUAGGGCUUCUGAGAAUCCGAGUGAAGAGAGGGAUCAAUCUUGCUCAGCGAGACACUCUAAGCAGCGACCCUUUUGUCGUCAUAACCAUGGGAUCACAGAAGCUAAAGACGCGUACUGUGGAAAAUAACUGCAACCCUGAGUGGAACGAGGAAUUGACCCUUGCGUUAAAACAUCCCGAUGAACCUGUGAAUUUGAUAGUGUAUGAUAAAGAUACAUUCACAUCGCACGACAAGAUGGGAGAUGCAAAGAUAGAUAUUAAACCAUUCCUAGAGGUUCACAAAAUGGGUUUGCAAGAACUUCCAGAUGGAACAGAGAUCAAGAGAGUUGUGCCCACCAGAGUCAAUUGUUUAUCUGAAGCGAGCAGUAUCGUCUCCAUUAAUGGCAAAAUCGUUCAGGACAUGAUUCUUCUGUUAAAGAAUGUCGAAUGCGGCGAGGUCGAGAUUCAGCUUGAGUGGAUUGAAAUUCCAGGUUCUAGAGGUCUUUGAAACAGAGAUGAAGUAUCUUUACGAUUCUAUAUCUCUCUCUGUGUGUAAUAAAAAAAAUCUCAGUUCGUUUUGGGUUUUAGACAAAAGUCACAAUAAGUGGAACAGAGUACUACUCUGCUUUGUAAUUGAAAUAUUUGGUUUUAGUUUUAACCGAAACCGUUUUAGUUUCGCGCGA